AAUUUUUUAAAACUACAAAUCCCAGAGUGCCGCGCGCGCCACGGGCGGAAAGCCCGGCACUUCCGGUCCACGCAGCACUUCUGCCGCCGCGUCUCGACGUGUCACCGGCGGCGCCGCGGCUGUGGCCAGGGGAAGGAUCUGGACUGAGGGGGCGACUUGGAGGAGGCGGCGGCGGCGACCCCCACCCACCCCUCACCCUUUCCCCACCCUGUGUCCGACCUGGACCUGCUCCGGCACGGUAGUGUUCCGCGGUCCGUGGGGAGCAGGACAGGGAGACGGCGGCCCGGCCCGCGUGGGGCACGAUGUUGAACAUGUGGAAGGUGCGGGAGCUGGUGGACAAAGCCACCAAUGUGGUUAUGAAUUAUUCAGAGAUCGAGUCUAAGGUUCGAGAAGCAACGAAUGAUGAUCCUUGGGGACCUUCCGGGCAACUCAUGGGAGAGAUUGCCAAGGCUACAUUUAUGUAUGAACAAUUUCCAGAACUUAUGAACAUGCUUUGGUCUCGAAUGUUAAAGGAUAACAAAAAGAAUUGGAGAAGAGUUUAUAAGUCUCUGCUGCUCCUAGCUUACCUCAUAAGAAAUGGAUCAGAACGUGUUGUUACAAGUGCCAGAGAACACAUUUAUGAUUUGCGAUCCCUGGAAAAUUACCACUUUGUAGAUGAGCAUGGCAAGGAUCAAGGUAUAAAUAUCCGCCAGAAGGUGAAGGAAUUAGUUGAGUUUGCCCAAGAUGAUGACAGGCUUCGAGAAGAGCGAAAGAAAGCUAAGAAGAACAAAGACAAGUAUGUCGGAGUUUCCUCAGACAGUGUUGGAGGAUUCCGAUACAGUGAAAGAUACGACCCUGAACCCAAGUCAAAGUGGGAUGAGGAAUGGGAUAAAAACAAGAGUGCUUUUCCAUUCAGUGAUAAGUUAGGGGAACUGAGUGAUAAGAUUGGAAGCACAAUCGAUGACACCAUCAGCAAGUUCCGGAGGAAAGACCGAGAAGACUCUCCAGAAAGAUGCAGUGACAGUGAUGAGGAAAAGAAGGCAAGAAGAGGCAGAUCUCCCAAAGGCGAAUUCAAAGAUGAAGAAGAGACGGUGACGACCAAGCACAUCCACAUCACGCAGGCCACCGAGACCACCACCACCCGACACAAGCGCACAGCCAACCCUUCCAAGACCAUUGACCUGGGUGCCGCCGCACACUAUACCGGGGACAAAGCCAGUCCCGACCAGAAUGCGCCAGCCCAUACACCUCAGCCUUCAGUGAAGACUUCAGUGCCUGGAAGCAAGUCAUCUGGAGAUCUUGUUGAUCUGUUUGAUGGCUCCAGCCAAUCAACAGGUAAUGCAGCCCAGAUGUUCCAGUUUGUACUGUGUUUCAAAAGUUUCAUACCCUUUUCUUUCUUUCCAUCUAUAGCAACAAGUGGGAAUGGAGACUUCGGUGACUGGAGUGCCUUCAAUCAAGCCCCCUCAGCCCCUGCGGCUUCUGGUGGCGAGCUCUUUGGUGGUGCCCCACAGCCAGCACUAGAACUUGUCAGCAGCUCACAGCCAGCCUUGGGUCCACCUCCAGCUGCCUCCAAUUCCUCAGACCUAUUUGAUCUUAUGGGCUCCUCUCAAGCAACCAUGACAUCAUCCCAGAGUAUGAAUUUCUCUUUGAUGAGCACGAAUACUGUGGGACUCAGUUUGCCCAUGUCAAGAUCACAGAAUACAGAUAUGGUCCAGAAAUCAGUCAGCAAAACCCUGCCCUCCACGUGGUCUGAUCCCAGUGUAAACAUCAGCCUAGACAACUUACUACCUGGUAUGCAGCCUUCCAAACCCCAGCAGCCAUCACUCAACACGAUGAUUCAGCAACAGAAUAUGCAACAGCCUCUGAAUGUGAUGACUCAGAGUUUUGGCGCUGUGAACCUUGGUUCUGCACCGAAUAUGCUUCCUGUCCGGCCACAAACUAACCCUUUGAUGGGAGGACCCAUGCCUAUGAGUAUGCCCACUGUGAUGACUGGCACCAUGGGAAUGCCCGCCCUGGGAAAUACGCCCCUGAUGAACCAGAGCAUGAUGGGCAUGAACGUGAACAUGGGCAUGUCAGCUGCUGGGAUGGGCCUGGCAGGCACGGUGGGAAUGGGCAUGCCCAACAUAGCCAUGACUCCUGGACCUGUGCAGCCCAAGCACGAUGCCUUCGCAAAUUUUGCCAACUUUAGCAAAUAGGAGUUGUCAAGAUGCAGGUUGAAUGAAGAAUUUUUAGCUGUGCAGAUAGGUGAUGUUGGGAUGGGAAAUGCUAAUCAACUCCCUUUUCUUUUAUCAGUUACUUAAAUAAACCUACAGAAAGAACCAAAAAGGCUGUUUUCUAAAAGUGAAAUACCUAGUAUUUCAGAAGGCCACGCAAGAGCACUUCAAAUCAUUUUCCCCAGUGAGGAUAGACCACAGGUGGGGUGAAGAGGCCCCUGGCCACCUUCAUAAAGCCAAGAGCCCAGUUAACAUCGUGCAUGGUGGGAAGACUGGAGUAGGGCUGAGCAAAUGUGUUUGAAUCUCUAAUUUUAUACUUUUCUUUUCCUGAUGAACUUGAUUUUUCUGUCCCUGAAUCGCCUUGUCAUAAUUGGGUCUGUUCCCUUUACUACCACUCUUGCGUCCAUAUAUGAAAUCAUUAAAGUUGGAUGAUCAGUUUUUUAUAAAAAUAUCUAUUUUUGUCCAAAAAAAGCAUCCACAUGUGAUUAUGGCUAGGUCAAAGGUGACUGGAAUGUACAUACUUUUGCUAAUAUCCAGCAGCUCUGCUAUGAUACUGUCCAAACUUUUCUUGUAACAGAGUCCCUACGCGAUCAGCGAUGGCUGUGGGCUGCCCAUUGCUUCUGCUCUUUUAAGUUUCCUGGGCAGAACUUGGGGGGGAGGGGGAAUUUUUUUUUUUUCAGGACUGCUCUACAGUUUCCUUUUAAAGAAAGAAAACAAACCUCCAGUAUUUGUUUGUUUGUUUUUAGCAGUCUUAUUUUACAAUCUGCAGUGAGGACACUUGACCAGGCUUCCUUCCGUGUUCAUCCUUAUAGCCAGCAUUUUCAGUCAGGAAAAGUCAAAAGAGUAAAAAAAUAUUUAUUUUUUUGUCUUUUUUGGUGUCUUCAAAAAAUUGGAAAGAUAGAAAUCCAUUGAAACCUCAAGUGUAAAUUGUUAGAACUCAACGAUGUUCACUUUUAGACUUUCUGUGGUAUUUGUUUUUGUUUGGUUCUGAGUGUAUAUAACGUGACAUUAGCAAUAUGGUUUCUAUAGAGGAGUUCUAUACGUUACUAAAGGAGGCCUGUAGCAGUCAAAGGUUUUAUUGAUUUAAUGACAAAUAAAGGAAAUUAAUUCAAAUGUU